CGUCUGCUAAGUUGGUGACGUCAUUAAUCUCGUAGUCAUAAACGCGACCGGGAUCCAUUUCAAAUUUUAUAAAUGGCUUCUUCCUCUUAUUUUAUAAGUAAUUUAGAAAAAAUCCGUUAGAAUCGCUGCCAAUGAGAAACGAGAAUCGAGUCACGAUAUUAAGAAAUUCCCUUCUGGCCACCCACAUUUAUUAUUUAUAAAUAUAUACAUGCGUUAUAUGAAAAUGUAAUAAAAGACCUUCACUUUAUGUCUUGUUUUUUCCCUAACUUCCUUCAGCAAAGAUGUCCAUGAUCUCUCACGUCACGUUAGCUGUGGCGUUACUCUAUGUGACGGUGAGUUCAGUAUCCUCUUCUGAUACAAGUCUUUGUGAUUCCAAUAAAUUUCCCAAAAAGAGAUUAGUGUGCGUAUAUAGAGAAGAUAAGUCGUUAACGAAACUAGAUCCAUGUCUUUGUAAUUAUAUUUUAUAUGAAGCCGUCGACUUAAAUGGAACGUACGAACUUAUCGAUCCUAAAAACGGAUUUCAAUCAUUAACUGAUUUGAAGAAAAUAAACCCGUCCUUACAAAUUAUCAUAACUUUAAGAAGAUUAGAUUUAAUAUCUCAGAUAAAUGAUUCCGACAUAAAACUGCUGGCAGAAGAAAUUAGAAAUUAUCUCCAUCGACACGAUUUGAAUGGGAUUAAUUUAGAAUGGAAAUAUACAGCAGCAAAUGAAGAAGAUUCGCUGGAGGAAAUCAGUCAUAAAUUCACAAAUAUUGUACAGCAAUUAAAUGAUACUUUAAGAAACACAUCAAUCAUCGGAGGGAAUUAUCCAAUAAUUACAGUUACUAUUAGCAAUUACCCUCACAUACUUGAAAGAGGAUAUGAAUUUCACAAUUUAUCCAAAUUCGUAAAUUUUUUUAAUCUGCCAGCGUUUCGAUUUGAUCAUCAUCCAGAUAACGUUGUUAGGCAUCUUAGCAGACUCCAUGGAGUCGACGACAUGGAGAAUGUUGAUUCAAGCGUUGAUUUACUUCUCAGUUUGGAUGUUCCUAAAGAAAAACUGAACGUCGGAUUUCCUACUUUUGCAAAAGCUUACGUCUUAAAAAAUGAAAGUCUUACAGUUCCUGGAUCACCAGCUACUGCUAUUGGAAAUGAUACAGAACCAGCUACUUGGAUUUUAACUCAUUCUCAAUGGUGUUCUCUGUCAAAAGAGGGAAACUGGACAUUCGAGAGAGAGAGGGAUCAAACAGCUCCUUAUGGAUAUAAUGGACCUCUUUGGGUCGGAUUUGACGAUGAAAUUAGCUUAAAACUAAAGGCAAGAUAUGUAUUGUUGAGAGAUUUAGGAGGCGUUACUGUGUGGUCUAUUAAUGAUGACGACGUGAAAAAUGUUUGCGGAGAUGGGAAUUUUCCACUCAUAAAGAGCGUCAGAGAAAUUUUAAACAAUUUUAACGAAAACGUGAACAAAAUUGAUGUAAACGACGAGGAGACUUCGGAGUCGCAAAAUGUGGAAGUUGUAAAGAGAAGCAGCAUCGUGAAGAGAGCGGGAGAGGUUGGACCCGAAAAUAAAUUUCUCUGUCAUCGUAGAGGAUACUUUCGACAUCCGGAAGAUUGUUCCCUGUUUUAUCGUUGCGUUAAACCUCGACUUCUACGUGAUAGAGCUUAUAUCUUAGUUUACGACUGUCCCAGAGGAUUAGUGUACGAUGAAAGAUAUGAGAUUUGCAACUGGCCAUCUUGGAGUCCUCCCUGCGAUGGAUCGGGAGAAGUAUUUCCAGUUCCAAGAAAACGUUUCAAUUGCCCCGGAGUAGGCUAUUUUCAAGAUCCAGAAAAUUGUAGAUGGUUUUAUUACUGUUCUGUUUUUGGUAAUGGUGUUCCUCGAGCCUACGAGUUCAGAUGUCCAUUUCCUUUAUUGGGUUUCGAUGAAGAAAAACGAAUGUGUAAUUGGAGAUGGCAAGUACCCGGUUGUCAAAUGGAUAACCGUUAUAGGUCGAGACAGGGCCGUCAGAGGCGCCCGUCUUCCACCGCAGCCACUGAAAAUACUCAAACUCUAACUUCACCAGGAUCUUCUAUAGGCCCUAUUGGACCUUUAGGUCCUAUCGGUCCCGUUUUAGGGUCCACAACAUUUGACUUACCUCGUCGUCCAUUCGAUUUCACUCGUCGCCCAUUUGAUUUCACUCGCCGUCCGUUUGAUUUAACUCGCCGCCCCUUUGAUUUUCUUUCACGACGUCGACGUCCGUUUGGGGUGAGUAGAUUCUAUCCACAGAGACCAACACUUUUAUCCAUAACAACUUACGACGCAGACAAUCUUCCUAGACUUACUUACAAUUUUAACCAUCGUCCGGCAAGUAGAUACAGUCAUCCUUCUAUCGGUAAACAGACUGUAACUCUUCCCCUAGAUAAAAACAUCGACAGUGACAAAGAUAACGAUAAAGAUGACGAAGAUUUCGGAGAUGAAGAUGACGUUUCAGAAACAAAAGAUAGUAACGAUGAUUUAGAUGAGGAUAAGGAAAGUACUAAACCUCUCCCAGCCUCCGCUCCUGUUAGAAAAGAAGAAGUGAAAUAUAACUAUGAUGAAAAACCUCAAGAAGAAAAUGUGCAUGAAGACCCACCUCCGCCUCAAGAUCAACAUCCGAGAUAUGUAAGUCAACCAGACCCACCUCCGCCUCAAGAUCAACAUCCGAGAUAUAUAAGUCAACCAGACCCAAAUGAUUAUAGCAGAUUAACUUACAGUUACCCAACUGGACAGUAUCAGCCACCAGCGAGUGAUCGACCCGGUUUGAUGAUUACUGUAAAACGGCCAACACCCGUGGUUACACCUCAGUAUUAUUAUCCGAAUGAAUUACCUUAUAACGGAUUUACUUCACGUUCUGGCCCUAGAGAUUUUACCAUUAAAUUUGAAUUACUUCCUAGAAAUAAUCAUCUAAAUGGUUUUUCUCUCUUCGGACGUAGAAGUGGCAUCACACCUCCCGUUCAAAAUACUGGAUCUUCUCCAUUCAUACGUAUCGAUUUCCCUCCUUUGCAACAAGGAUUGCUACGAAGAUCGUCCGCAGAUCCAAAAGAUACGAUUGAUAAAGAGUCAUACACUAAGGCUUCUAUCGAUGACAAAGAUAUAAAAUACAGCAGAGCUUUUUCUCUGACCGAAGAAAAAUCAAAUAAAACAUCUGAAAAAAGUUUAAUUUACGUCACUCCUAAUGGUUUUACCAAUGUAAGGCCUUCUGGAUCUUUUCCAUUUGUAGAAUUACCUCUAAAUCCUAAAAUUCCAGGAAAAAAGAAAGACUUAACUGAACAACCUGUUAAUGAAUAUACGGAAAAUAAAGGUGAUGCAAAUUGGAAAAUUAUUCCAACUUUGCAACAUUUAAUGGAAACUUUGAGUGGUUUUGUGACUAAAACAACCCCGGAAACGCCUGUUGCUGAUAGGAGGUUUGAUAGAUUUGGGUUCGGAGCUCGUAUCCGUGGAGGCGGAGGAGGAGGAGGAGGAAGAAGAUCCAGUCGAGGUAGAACUAGAACCACAACAUCUGCACCUACAACUACAGAAGCAAUAGAAGAUGAAGAUAUAACGUCAACUACUGUUACCACGAUAGAAAGUACGACCGUAACGACUCAGAUUCCAACCACUAGUAAACCUUUAAGAGGAAGAGGAAGAGGUUACACUUAUGAAAGAGGAACACAGAGAGGAUUCGCGGAUUACAACGAUUAUACUGAUGAUCCAUAUUCAAAUUACGAUAGAAACUCUCGACGAAGAAGUCAAACUAGAGGAAGAGGGAGAGGAAGAGGAAGAGGACGGACUACUACCCCGUUACCAACAACGACCGAAUUACUAGAAACUACUACGAUGACAACAGAAAUUCCGACGACGACAACAACAACGACAACUACGACGACAACGCCAACUCCAAGGCAAAGAGGACGCGGAAGAGGAAGAGGAAGGAGUAGAGACAGAGGAAGAAUUGAUGAACCUACAUCUAGUAGGAAACAAACUACUAUAGAAAUUUCAUCAACCGAAUCGUCACAUAUAAAUACAAUUAUCCCUACUGAAAAUACACUUAUUUCCACUGAAAAUCCAGAAAUCACAACUCAGACUGUUCCCAUAGAAACUACGGCCAGCGAAAAUUUAUUCAAUAUAACUGCCGAUGUGGAUGAAAUAGACACUGAAAAUAAUCAAACCGAAAUCAAUGCCACUCUUAGCGAAGUAGAAUUGGAUAAUGAGAUAUUGAAUAUUUUAAAUAAUAAUAAUUUAUUGGAAAACAUAACCUCAAAUGAUUUGCUCGUUAAGAAAAUAUUAAACGUUUCUAACGAUUUAUUUAAUUAUAGUGAACCACUUAAUAUCACUGACGAAUCGUUUUACAAUUUUACUACUGAACUAAUUCUAAAUAUUACCAGUCAGAUUCCUGAAUCAAAUUUUUCAGCUAUUGAUAAUGCUUCAAACACAUCUGAUAUAGUGAACAAUAAUAGUGUAAAAAAUGAAAAUGAUUCCCUUACUAUCAGUAAUAAUGAACAUGUGGAUAUUAAUAAAAGAGUGGACGAGAAAAUAGAAAAUGAAAAUGAUUUGAUUAUCACUAUUGCUCCUAAAACUGAUAUAAUUGAUACUACAGAAAAAAUCAAUAAAGAAACUGUGUUAGAGGAACCAAAAACAGAACUAAAUAAAUUAGAAAUUACAACGCAGAAAGCUAGUACUACCACCACCACUACAACUACUACAACUACCACUACUCCCUCCACCACUACCACUACAACCACCCCCUCCACUACUACCACUACAACUACCCCUACCACCACCACCACCACCACAUCUACUGCUGCCUCUACUACCACUGAAGGAACGACUACAAAGCCAACAACAAAGAAACCAAAGCGAGGAUGGGAUGACAAUUUCACAACUCCUAAAUCUGAGUUUGCUAGAAGGACCAGAACAAGAACUAGAUCUUCAUCACGACAGACAAGAAAACAAACCCCAUUAGCUCGCAUUCCUGUCACUACUACUACUACAACGACCACUACUACUGCUACACCAUACAAUGUAGAUUACGUACAGCCUCAAACAUCUUCAGCGCCUAGAUCUUAUCAAUAUGAACCCGAAGAAGAAGGCGAAGAAGAAGAUGAGUACGAGGAUGAUGGAUAUAGCUCUACCGAUUACGUCACUCCACAAACUAGACAAUUUAGAGGACCUCAAAGUAGUACAUACAGGACGACAGAAAACUAUGGCAAUACUCGAGUUCAGCAACCACAAAUGACAAAUGUUAGAAAUCGACCUCAAACUCCGAAGACGUUUUCGGAUGAAGAUUUAGAAGAUAUUUCAGAUGAAGAUUACAUCGAUGAUGAUUACUUAGUUGAUGACAAAAAAUCUCAAGUUAGGCCCACAUUCGUAGACCCAAUAGACAGUCAACAAUACGUCACUAAAGGUGUCCAAAAACUUAAUGGAUACGGAAACAUAGGUCAAAUCCAAUAUGGAGCACCUCCCCCUAGAAACAUAAGACCUGGACAACCUGAAAUAUCUUACGGAAUAACAACUUCUCGACCUAAGUAUUCGUACGAAGGUCUGCUAACAGGAGAGCAUCGCAGUACAGAUCCAUCUCAGCAAUUCAGAAAGAGGUUCCAUCCUGCAUCAUCAACCAGAAUCUAUACGUCUCAACCAUACACUACAUCUCAGUCCGGUCAGUCAGGAAUUUAUUAUUCGACUCAGCAAUUUAGAAGGCGAACAGAUGGACAAUUUUACGAUCCAUCCACAACAUUCAGCAGAAGAAUGGAUGAUGUCGAAGAGAUUCAAGAUGAUUUAUCGAAUUCUAACUUAAAUCGAGAAGGGAAGGAUCUGAAAUUGCCAUUCAAUCAGGAAGAAACACCAGAAAAAGGAUUAAAUCCCGAUGUAAAUAAAGUGUCUGCAAGAACUCCGAAAAAUAUCGAAUUUCCAGCUGCUUCUACCGUUUUUAAAUACAUACCUAAACUGACACCCCCACCAGAUAAAAGGCCGGAAGAGAAGACCAAUCUUCCUUUCGUAGUGACAUCAAAAACAAACGACACACGUAACGAAAUACCAGAAAUCGCUUGCACGAGGCCGGGACUUUUCUAUCACCCGGACGAUUGUAACAAAUUCUACGAAUGCUAUUGGGAUAAAUGGAUAAAAAAAUUCACCCUUCACAUGUUCGAGUGUCCCAUUAAAUUAGCAUUCGACGACAGGAUAUACGGAUGUAAUUCUAUCGCUCUAGGCCCUUGUGAAAAGAACAAACAACCCAAACAACCUUCUACUUGAUGUUCCCUAAAAAAACACAUCCUUAAAAUAAAUGACGCGAUCCGAUGUACAUAAUGGACAUUAAACGAAGUGGAUGGCAUUGAAGCGAAGGUGAGGAUGUAGAAUGAUACGAAGAUUACUGUGAUUUGAAGCAACGACCAUUAAACAUUUCCAAAUUAAUUUUUAAUUGGGUACAUAGAUGUUACCUUCCAAAAAUAAUAUUUAACGAAUUUAUUAUUUUAUAUAUAUAAAUAUAUUUCAAUUAGUCUAGUUACUCAGUUUCACAUAAAUUAAAUAGUUUAUAACUCUCUCCAACGAACUGAAAAGUUUCGUUAGUAAAUCGUUUUCAAUGAUUUCUGUUGAACAGAAUUAAUUAUCUGUAAAAAAAUAUAUUGAAUUUACUAUGUAUAUUGUUCGUUUUCUGUGUUAUAAUAAAUAAAAUUUGUUUUUAUAAACCGAAAAUAUGUUUGAAAAUCCCGAAUAGAUUAUGACGUUUCCAGGAUGCUAUAAUGUAACAACAGGUUACUUUUCCGGCUGUUAUAACAUAUUAUAAUAGUGUGACAUUUGACCUUCCGGAUUUUUGAAAUCACGUUUUGACAUUCCCUGAACCCCAAAAAGUAAAAUAACGGGUGUAUGUGUGUCUUUGUGUGUGGGCGUU